AUGGAUAAGGGUGAGAAGCACGUGGUGGAUGUGUUGAAGAGAGACUGCUCUUGUAGAAGAUGGCAACUAACUGGCAUCCCUUGUCCUCAUGCCAUUUCUGCUAUAAAUCAUAGGCAAGAGGAUGCAUAUGACUAUAUUGAUGAAUAUUAUAAGAAAGCCAAGUUCUUAGUUGCAUAUGAGAACAUGAUAAUGCCAGUUCAAGGAGAGAAAUUUUGGAAAAAGACUAAUAGGGAGCCACCUGAACCACUUCCAGCUAGGGUGAAGCCUGGUAGACGUAAACAGAAAAGAUCAAGGGAGGAAGGUGAGGUGGCAAGUGGAUCUAGGAUGUUGAGAAUAGGAAUGAAGAUGACAUGUCGAACUUGCUCGGAGACGGGACACAAUAGUUUGACAUGUCCAAUUAAGAAGAUAGGGUCUACAUCCUCACAAACACGAUUUUCAAGGCAAAAACUUUCGGCUGAAAAACAUCCGAGCAAUGUCAGUGCAAGUAGUAGUGGUAGUGGCUCUACUAGUGUGAAUUGCAAAAGUUGCUCGAAGAGGACGAGAAGUGAAACACCAAAAAUACCAGCACAGGAUGAAUCAACGUCAUUUGCACGUGCAGUUGAUGUUCCAGCGAAAGAAGUAGGCCCAUUAAGGAAGAAGAAAAAUGUAAAAAAUGUUGACAGGAAGCACUUGUAA